GUUUCUUCAGAGGCUCUGUUCAGCAGGACCAGUUGUGUGAGUGCUCCCUUUGGCACCACUUCGUCUUGAGCCCUGGGUGAGUUCCUUACACCUAUUUCUACGAAGGUUGGUUGGGAGCAGAGGAGAGGGGGCUGGCCAUGUCUGCCUCAGUGCAGAUCUCUGAGAGAGCUCUGAGCACAGGGACAGGUGUUUCCACAAAGGAAACGUGUGUUUGGUCUGUGUGUAAUAGUAAAAGGGAGGGAUGGACUGAGGAGCCCCCAGGUCUGGGUAGGUUAGCACAGAGACCUGAGGAGCUGAUGAGCAGAAAGCUUUCUGUCCCACACUGUGCUCUCUUGGCUCUAAUAAUGGCAAUAGCACCAAAGCAACAUGCAGUAAGACUGUAGAAUUUCCUUCCUUCUAGCUCCCUGAGCUGCUCAAUGUACCACUUAGACAUGCAGGCAUUCUGCUGGUGUUUGCAGAGCAAUGGGAGGCUUUGUCCAAAGCAUUGGUGGGGAUUAACCGCUGCAGAGAUCUGGAAAGUCUUGUCCUGAGCUCCAGAUGUCCUGGCUAACAGUCCCCUUGGUUUAACAUGUUAACAUCUGAGAGCAAGGCAGAGUGGCAUCUCCACAUGUGCAGAGCAGGCCUUUGUCUUUCUGGAAUCUGUGCUGCACAAAGAAAGGCUUGCGGUGAAGAAAGCAUGGCUCAGGCUGUGAAUAAAUCCUUUCAGAUUCCAGUUGCACAACCAAAGGAGUUGAGCAAAUUCCAAUUGUUUUGAACUGUAACAUGCCUUUGUUUUUUACCACACUUCAGAUUGACCAACCCCAUCUUAUACUGCCUUGAAAAUAACGGGUGAGAAGUUUUCAUCCUGGCUUGCAAGUAGCUGCAGCUGUGCUCGUUGCAGGUGUGGUGCUGUGGCUGCAGCAGUUGUGUGCUGCCUUCCCUGCUGCCUUUGCAUGUGUCCAACUCGUUUCUCAGGAGUGCUCUUCUUGAAGGACUUGGGUUUGCCUUUUUCUCCCGUUCCUCAGUGAUGACAGUUAGCAAAAUCCACUCCUGCUGGAAGGCAGGGAGCGCUACGGGGGACUUCUGCAGGCUGCCCCAGUCCAGCACCUCCCAGCCAGAAGGGAUGGCGUGGCUUCGUUCCUCCCCGUGGAGUUAAUCGGCGCUCGGAGCAGUGAGGACCCACAGCUUCUACAGCAGCCCCGAUUCAGCUGCGUGGCAGAAGGGCUGCGAUUGCUGCUGGGUGAGUAACGCUGCCGGGAGUGCGGAGGCAGCAGGGAAAAGCCGUGCACAGAUGCUGCAGUUCGCCCUGCUCUUUUUGCGCAGCGCUCACACCGUGCUGAUGCCAAGCUGGGAUUCUCUGGUGUCUCGUAGGGCUGUGCUGCUCCAUCCCUGCCCUGGUGGUGGGGUCGUGGGGGGGUCCCCAUCUUCACAACCCAAUUGGGGCUGAGGGCUCCUGCCCUGCUCAGGAGGGUGGGACGCUCGUGGUGUCCGUGCCUGCAGCACCCUGCUUGGGAACACACGUCCUCUCCCCAGACGGGUGUCCCCACCACUCCAUGCUCCUGGUGCCCCACUUCCAUCCCCGGUGAUGAGGAGGAGAAGGGGAUUCCCCUUUCGCUGCCCCCACAACCCUUCAGUUUUCUGCAUGCUGCUAACCAGGGCUGCAUUGCAUCCAUCUUGCUCAUCUUUGGAGACAUUUAUAGCCAGGCUGGAUGGGGAGGCAACCAACCCCCAGCAGAGGGGUUUUAACUGGGUGAUUUUCUUAAUAACCCCUCCCAACCUCAGCCACUUCGUGAUCCAUUUGUCCGUCUGUCUGUUCUCUCCAUCCUCUCCGGCCCUCCAACACAACCGUACAUCCAUCCCUCCUAUCCAUACAUCCCCCCCAUCCCUCCGUGCAUUCUACCUGUACUUCUACCCACCCAUCCUGCCUGCACACUCACCCCUUUAUCCCAUCCAUCCAUCCCUCCAUCUGCUCCUCAUGCAGAAUGUUUGCUGGAGAUGUUCAGGAAACACACAGAUGUUGUACUGCGGGAUGUGCUUUAGUGGGAAAUACUGGUGGUGGGUGGGCUGUUGGGUUGGAUAAUCUUGGGGGUCUUUUCCAACCUUGUUGAUUCUGUGAUCAUCCAUCAGUCUUCGGAACAGCCGAUGCUGGACCAUCUCACGUCCGGAGGGGAAGAGAAAGCUCCCUGCAAUGGGAGCACAGCCUGUGUCCUAAACGAAACGAGACCGUCCACGAUGGGAUCAGUGGGAACGGAGCGCUUCAAGGAGCUGAGCCCGAUGGGGACACCCGAAGGCAACGUGGUGAUGAGCUUCAGCUUCGACAGCUACCAGCUGGAGGAGGACGAGCUGCAGAGGGGCAGCCAGGCCAAGGGCGUGCUCACCUUCAUGGAGCCCGCUUCUGAAGACCCCGAGCCGCAGGACCGAUACCACGGGAUCUACCUUGCCAUGCUGCUGGCUGGCGUUGGAUUUCUCCUGCCGUACAACAGCUUCAUCACCGAUGUGGACUACCUGCACCACAAAUACCCAGGGACCUCCAUAGUCUUUGACAUGAGCCUCACCUACAUCCUGGUGGCCUUGGUGGCCGUCAUCCUCAACAACGCGCUGGUGGAGCUGCUGAGCCUGCACACCCGCAUCUCUGUGGGCUACCUCUUUGCUCUGGGCCCCCUCCUCUUCGUCAGCAUCUGCGACGUCUGGCUGGAGCUCUUCACCCGGCGGCAAGCCUAUGCCAUCAACCUGGUGGCUGUUGGGGUGGUGGCCUUUGGCUGCACAGUGCAGCAAUCCAGCUUCUAUGGCUACACGGGGCUGCUGCCCAAGCGCUACACGCAGGGAGUGAUGACGGGAGAGAGCACCGCAGGGGUCAUCAUCUCGCUCAGCCGCAUCUUCACCAAGCUGCUGCUGUCGGAUGAGAAGGAGAACACGGUCAUCUUCUUCUUCAUCUCCAUCGGCAUGGAGCUGACGUGCUUCAUCCUUCACCUCCUGGUGAAGCGCACUCGCUUCGUCCGUUACUACACCUCCUGCCCCCGCAAGGGCCACCCCGAGCGCCGCGGGGCCACCGACCACGGGAUGGGAUACCGCAUCCACCACGAUGUCACCGCCGAGGACAUCAGAUUUGAGGAUCAGCUGCAGGGACAGCUGGGAUCUCCCCGUGGCAGCCCGGGCCCUGAAGCUGAGCUGGCUGGCAGCGGUACCUACAUGCGCUUUGAUGUCCCCCGGCCCAAAAUCAAGAGGAGCUGGCCCAGCUUCAGAGCCAUGCUGCUCCACCGCUACGUCGUGUCGCGGCUCAUCUGGGCCUACAUGCUGUCCAUCGCCAUGACCUACUUCAUCACGCUGUGCCUCUUCCCCGGGCUGGAGUCGGAGAUCCACAACUGCACGCUGGGGGAAUGGCUCCCCAUCCUCAUCAUGGCCAUCUUCAACCUCUCCGACUUCGUCGGCAAGAUCCUGGCUGCCCUGCCUUAUGACUGGAGAGGAACACACCUCCUCGUCUACUCCUGCCUCCGCGUCGUCUUCAUCCCUCUCUUCAUCAUGUGCGUCUACCCCAACGGGCAGCCCACCUUCGGCCACCCCGCCUGGCCCUGUGUCUUCUCCCUCCUCAUGGGCAUCACCAACGGCUACUUCGGCAGCGUCCCCAUGAUCCUGGCUGCUGGCAAAGUGAGCCCCGAGCAGCGGGAGCUGGCAGGUAGGGCUGCACCACCCAGGGGCUGCCAUGCAGGGUGGCCAUGGAGGGUGACACCCUCUGUCCGUCUCCGCAGGGAACACCAUGACCGUGUCCUACAUGACGGGCUUGACGCUGGGCUCAGCCGUGGCUUAUUUUGCCUACAGCCUCACCAGUACGUCCCACAGUAGCUGUUUCUACACUGAAACCUCCAACGGCUCCUUCCUGGGGGGGUACUGAGCCCCGGGGCUGGGCAAGGGGGCCAGGAUGGGACCAGGCCCCGCUCCUGUCCCCGGUAGCCCUCACUGCCCCCCCAGGCGGCUCCUGGGCACUGUGCAGAGCCAAUCCUUGGGCUGAUGGCCCCCAGUGUUGUUGGUCCCAAUGUUCCUGGGGGACUCCUCCUGGGCAGUGGUGGAGGGAGGGAUCUUCUCCUGUUUGAGCCCUUUCCGAGGUGGGAAAUAUGGCAGAAUCCCAAAGGGAAUGGGGAUGGCACAGAGGAAGAGAGCAACAGACGGCUGCUGAGGAAGAGGAGGAGGGGAGGAAGGUGGCAGGGGGCUGUUAUUGAUGGUGCUGCAGCUUUCCACUGAGGACAGCCUGAAACCAUGACCCCAACCCUUCCCCAUACUCCAAUUGCUAUGAAAAAGCCCCAAACCACUUCUGCUGUCUGGAAAAGGAAAAAAAAAAUAAAACCCAGGUUUUUUUUGUUCUUCUUUUUGCCCCCUCCUCUUGUCCCCAGCUCUGUGCUGUGGCUCUGCCCCCAGGCUGCAGCGGGCUGGGAGGGAAUGCGAUGCCCUGGGUGCUGCCCGGGGCCACUGCUCAGCUUCAACUUCCAUCACGUAAAACAACCUGAAAACAGAUUAUAUGUCUUACUUGGCAAUGAUCCCUUCUCUAAGCCACACUGUUGGGCUGGGAACCCCAGCAGAUCCAUGGGAGAAUGGCUUUGGGGUAGAUGGGUGCCAGCCCAGCCAGGCAGUGGAGACACAGCAACACCAGUCCUCCCCUCUCCCAAAAAUGGGAGCCAUGGGCUGCAGGGCCCCCUACAGCCCCGCUGCCAGCCAGGCACUGCAGAAGGGUUCCCCCUCCCUUCCUUGCCAGCACUACCAGAUUUAGCAUUUCCUAAUCAAUAAACACUUUUUGGUUUUGCCUUUA